AUCCGGACUUGAGGCCUGACGCCGGCCCUGUCACCUGUGGGUUUGGUUCAGCUCCGGGAAGGCGCCGGCGCCUCCCUCAAUGGAAAUCUGAAUAUCCGUGGUGGUGGGCUGCGGUCAGCUGCUUGUAGGUCCCCCACUUUGGGUUCUGCUGGGGAACUGCUCCCGGAUGCUUUGGGAGACUUGCUUUUCCCUUCCUGUGGAGAGAGUUUCUCGGACUUUACAACUAGCUCCGCAGCAGGAGGAAGGACCCGGUGGAGGUGAGCUCUUACUGGCUGUGACAGCUGAAGGCUGCUGCCAACACAGGGCUAAGGAAAGCCCCUGCUCCCUCCUGUCGCCAAGACAGCCAAGAAGACCUGUUCAGUCAAUCUCUUUUCCUCUCUAUCUGAUUUUCAUCUAACAUGAGGAGUGCUCUGCAGGCUGUGGCCCUCUGGGGAAGAAAAGCUCCUCCCCACAGCAUCACGGCUAUCAUGAUCACAGAUGACCAGCGAACCAUAGUGACCGGGAGUCAAGAGGGCCAGCUCUGUCUCUGGAGCCUCUCGCCUGAACUGAAGAUUUCCGCUAAAGAACUUCUCUUUGGUCAUUCUGCUUCGGUGACAUGUUUGGCAAGAGCAAGAGACUUCUCCAAACAACCCUAUGUCGUGAGUGCUGCUGAGAAUGGGGAGAUGUGUCUGUGGGAUGUGAGCAGUGGCCAGUGUGUGGAGAAGACCACCCUUCCUUACAGGCAUACUGCCAUCUGCUACUACCACUGCUCCUUCCGGAUGACUGGCGAGGGCUGGCUGCUGUGCUGUGGGGAGUAUCAAGACGUUCUCGUCCUCGAUGCUGGGACUCUGGCCGUCCUGCACACCUUUUCCUCUUCACAGUCUCCCGAUUGGAUGAAAUGCAUGUGCAUUGUUCACUCUGUGAGGAUUCAAGAAGAUUCUCUCUUGGUUGUAUCGGUAACCGGUGAGCUCAAAGUGUGGGACCUCUCUUCGUCCAUCAACAGCAUUCAGGAGAAGCAAGAUGUCUAUGAAAAAGAAUCCAAGUUUCUUGACUCCUUCAACUGUCAGACAAUACGCUUUUGCACGUACACAGAGAGACUCCUGUUGGUGGUGUUUUCUAAGUGUUGGAAGAUUUAUGACUAUUGUGACUUUUCCCUUCUGUGGACUGAAGUUAGUAGAGACGGGCAAUUCUUUGCUGGGGGAGAGGUGCUGGCUGCCCACAGGAUCCUUGUUUGGACAGAAGACGGUCACAGUUAUAUCUAUCAGCUGUUGAACAGUGGGCUUUCCAAAUGCAUGUGCCCCGCCGAUGGAGGCGUCCUGAAGGGGACCGUCUACCCUCACUUACUCUGCUCCACUUCUGUGGAGGAAAAUAAGAGCCUGCAUUUCGUCAUGGGCUACAUGAAUGAACGGAAAGAACCUUUUUACAAGGUACUUUUCUCUGGAGAAGUCUCAGGAAGAAUCACGUUGUGGCAUAUCCCAGAUGUUCCUAUAUCUAAGUUUGAUGGUUCUCCUAGAGAAAUACCAAUAACUACCACCUGGACUCUUCAGGAUAACUUUGAUAAGCAUCAAAUGGUGUCACAGAGCAUCGCAGACCAUUUCUCUGGGUCCAGAGAUGAGGUGGGAGAGACAGUCACCAUCACCUCAUCAGAGUACGUUCCAAAUCUUGAUAAACUCAUCUGUGGCUGUGAGGAUGGGACCAUUUUCAUAACUAAGGCUCUGAAUGCUGCCAAAGCUGGACUUCUAGAAGGGGGCUCUUUAUUGAAAGAUUCCCCGUGCCACACCCUUCUCAGAGGUCAUCGCCACAGUGUGACUUCAUUACUUUACCCUCACAGUCUUGCUUCAAAAUUAGACCAAAGUUGGAUGGUGUCUGGAGAUCGGGGCUCCUAUGUGAUCCUGUGGGAUAUUUUUACUGAGGAAAUUCUGCACACAUUCUUUUUGGAAGCUGGUCCAGUAACAAGACUUUUGAUGUCACCAGAGAACUUGAAACGAAGCGAUGGUCAGAUCCUCUGCUGUGUGUGUGGUGACCAUUCUGUUGCUCUCCUUCACCUGGAAGGGAGACGGUGCCUCCUGCGUGCCCGGAAGCACCUUUUCCCUGUGAGGACGAUCAGAUGGCACCCAGUCGAGAACUUUCUCAUUGUUGGUUGUACAGAUGACUCUGUCUACAUCUGGGAAAUUGAAACAGGCACAUUGGAAAGGCAUGAGACAGGAGAAAGAGCAAGGAUUAUUCUCAACUGCGGCGAUGAUGCGCAGCUUGUCAGAUCUGAGCCUACGCUGUCAGUGGCCUCAGAGACACACAAGCACAAAAGUGUAGAGCAGAAGUCAUCCAACUCCCACCUGCCUGGGCCAGUCCCCUGCCCUGGUCUGCAGCUGGAGUCCUCAUGUCAGGUUGCUGAUGCCUCAUCAGUCCCAAGACCUUUUAAUGUCUUGCCUGUGAAAACAAAAUGGAGUCACGUUGGCUUCCAUGUUCUCCUGUUUGAUCUGGAAAAUCUUGUUGAACUACUGCUGCCCACUCCCCUAAGUGAUGUUGACCCUUCUGGCUCAUUCUAUGGAAGUGACAUCUUGAGGAGAGCCAAGAGCACAGUAGAGAAGAAGACGCUGACAAUAAGAAGAAACAAAGCAUCAUGUACCUCUCUCCAGGCAGAGGCACAAGCCAAGUCCAGUGGAGAGACCCUGCUUCCCGGAGACAGCACCUGUAAAUUCUCAGAGGAGAGCAAUGGCAUUAAAAGACAAAAGAAAAUGAAGAGUUCCAAAAAGGCACGUCCUAAGCCAUCCAGGAAGGUUGAUGCCAGUCUCACAAUAGACAUGGCGAAAUUGUUUCUGUCUUGCAUUUUGCCGUGGGGAGUGGAUAAAGAGUUAGACAGCCUCUGCACCAGGCAUCUCAGCAUCUUAAAGCUGCAGGGCCCUGUGUCUUUGGGACUGGCCUCCAAUGAAGACCUCUUCUCGCUGAUGCUGCCCGGGUGGGAUGCAUGCAAUACUGAAAUGAAGGAGUACUCAGGAGUAAAUCUGUGCUCCAGAAAAGUGUUGGACUUGUCAAAUAAAUAUACAACCGCUCUUCUGAACCAGACUGGAAUUCCCAGAAGCCUGGAAAAUCACUGUGAUGCUUUGCAACAAUCCGAUGCUAUAGUGUAUUUACUGAGCAGACUCUUUUUAGUUAAUAAGUUAGUUAAUAUGCCUUUGGAUUUAGCCUGUGAAACUGACAGACCCUUCAAAAUGGAGUCUGUACACAAUAAGGUGAGAUUCCCUGGAAGUGACAUCUUGAAUCUGUCAAGCUUCUAUGGUCACCUAAAAAAUGGUAGACAUGAGUGUCACACACCUGAGGCUGACCUUUCUCUUUUGAAGCUAAUCUCCUGCUGGAGGGACCAAUCUGUACAGGUAACUGAAGCAAUACAAGCUGCCCUCUUGGCUGAAGUUCAGCAGCACAUGAAGAGUCUGAGAGACACACCAGUCAGGAGCCAACCAGAUCCAGUGGCCGAGCACAGCAUUUGUGAGAGGGUGCAGACCUCGGCCAAGGUGGAGCAGGCCGAAGAAUUAGAGCUACAGUGUGUGGGAACGUCUUCACCUCUGAAAACUUCAGUCAGUUCGGUCAAGCAAGGCAAUGACUUGAACUCGGCAAACUUCCAAGAUACAGAGGACAUUCUUGACAGAUGUGUCUUGGAAGAGUCGGAGAGUGCAGGUCAGCCAAGACAUCGUCCAUGGAUAGCGAAGGUGUGCUCCUGCAGGAUGUGCUAGAUGGAUGGAGUCCCGAAAAAGGAAUUCAAUCUGAAUUAACAGAGAUGCACAAGCACACUAUCUCUUUACCAUCAAAUAAAAGCAACGUUGUCAUUGGUCUGUAGCAGAUUCGCUAAUAUCUCAGCCAAAGUCUAUUAAAAAUGUUACCACUGAUUGAGGAUAUCCAAAUCCUAAUUCAAAGCAAUGAUUGUCUAAGCGAGUCUCCUUCCUCCUCCUUAUUUUCUGUCAAUAUUUGCAACAAAGAACGCCAGCCCACAGGCAUAGAUUUAACACCAUUUCAGAUCUUCAUCUUCUCAGCUUCUGAAUUGCAAGAGCCAAAGGAAUUCACAAGACUCUCAAUUCACGGUUGCUUCAAGGUAUUUAACCCAAAGUGUUACCGAUUUUGCCAUGUUGAGUUAGGACAUAUUGUUCUAGUGGGUGCUUCGACUCAGACCAGGCCCUGCAGAUCUCAUCCUUAAACAUGAAAUGUCCUUUAGUCAAUCUUUGACACCCAGGAUCUAGCCUCGUGAGGUCCAAUCAGCAUGGAACUCUAAUGACACAAUGGCGAAUGUCUUUAAUUAAAUCUUAUUAGCCUCAUAGACCUGACCUGGGGGGAGGGGAUCCCACUUACAACACAGCAGGGCUCACUCUUUUGUUAGUAUAAACAUCCGCAGUUCUUUUCCCAGAGAGAAGCUGGGCUAGCAGGAAUUCUAAAACUAAAAUAUGCAAAGCAGCAUCCACAGACAGGAUGAAAAGCACUCACCUGUUAAAGCAAUUUGGAUAAUGUGCUGUGAUUUUUAUUGAGUGCUUAAUUUAUAGAAAACUAUCAAAGAUUAUUAAAGUAUAUUUAAAUGAAUAGAAAUAUGCCCUGAUCCAUAGAACGAUGGAAUUAAAGAUAUAUGAUAUGUACACGUAUGUAUAUGUGCAUACAGGUAUAUACACAUAUGUAUGUGUGUGUGUUGUUCAUAUAAUUUCAUACGAUUUUAAUUCUGCUUUUCUGAGCAUCAGCCUCAGAUCCUGUGUUAGGAUUCAGCAAUCAGGGGGAAGGAGAGAUUCAAAAGGAGAAAUACAUCUUCGAACUGACUUGCCCUGUAACCUUUGGGACUUAAAAUUAAUUAUUGAGUUGGAAGAAUACAUCUAAUAUGAAUAUCAAAACCUGUAAUGCCUUCAAAGUAGAUGAAAAUAAUCCUUCAUGUUUCCUAAAAUAGCAGGUCUUUGCAUGAAGUCAAUUUUGAUUUGUACUUAAACUGUAAUAUGUUGUUAACAGUAAUAACCAUGGAAACCAUUAUCUUCUGAACACGUUACCUGUUUGGAUAUGGCUAUAAGUUAUCUGAAGCAAGUUAGAAACAAGUCAGGCAGUGGGAUAGAUUGUGGUUUUCAAGGCCAUCACAAGCAUUUUGUGUGGCGAAAUAUUAAAUAAGUGUAUGUCUUCUAAUGGAAAAUUUUAAUAGUUAAACCCAAGUACAUAUUCUAAGUCUGGUCUGUUUAUUAAAAGUGAGUUUUAUUAAUUUCAUUGAUAUGACCCAUUAUUCCCCUUACACAAAACAAUAACAACAUAUCUGAAUCGCUGCUGUAUUAGCAUAAUUUCAGAUCUAAAGAAACCAUUAAUAAAUCCUUGACAAAUAUUUCAUGGUGUCAGUAGUGCUGGGAAAUCAGAUAUGGUGGAACCUUUACUUAACUAUCCAGAGUUUUAUGAUUCUAGAUCACCAUAAGUCUGAGGUACUACAAAUUCAUAUUAAAUGGCUUCAUCAUAACUGUUUAUCAUUUUCUAAAAGCCAACACUACUUAAGAACAACAACACAACAACAGAAUGACCCUUUUAAAUCCUAAAAAAGAGAGAGUUAGAACUGGAUGUGCUCCAUCUCAUGCUAGUGCUACUCGAGAUGCAAAUCCAUCCCUGGGUCUGUUUGAAAAUGCUCCCUCUAAGAGCACUGUCUUAUGGCCACAUUUUCAGUGAUUUCUAUUCUAGGAAAAUAGCAAGUUGCCACUUGACUAGUUAUGCUGGUCCACUUAGCACCACACCUCCCCUGUGGUGAAAAGCUGAGAGUCUGUCUUAGGUCUGUCCCUUAGUGAACACUGGAGUACAUUCAAUUGUUUGUACUUGGGGUCUUCCUGUUAUUGUAAUGAAUUGUUAGAUUAAAAAUAAUCUUGCCUCUCUUCUCAGCAAUCAUCUGGUACUAUUUAUGCCUGUGUACACCUAUGUACAGAAAUCUCAUUCAGGCAAAUGCCACAUCUCCAGACAUGCGUGCCAGGACCCUCCCUACACAUUGUGAAGUUGUUCCCAGCGUGGUGCUUUGCCAGUGAUACAGAAGAUGGAGUCUAGAAAGUGCUUGGUGCCGAAAAAGAGGCUGACCCAGUGUGUCCUGGCAGUGUGGGCUCUCAGAACCUCAUUGCCUUGGCCCGUUGUCAGGCUUCCUGGCAGUGCUCAUCCAAAGCUCAUAUAUUGGCUUGUGGAUGGCAAUGCAAACCCUGGAAAACACCCACUAAAAAUCAAACAUGCAGUAUAAUAAACAUACAGCCCCAAGUGUUCCCCCAAUGCUUUAGAAACUAAGCUAAUUUCUGGAACAUGAGAGAUCAGGAAAUGACAAGAAUAGUAGGCAGGAUAUUUCCUCAGGGGCUGGCAUCUGGGGUCAUGUUUAUCUCCUUUGUGUGUCCAAUUUCCUGCAAUUUUAAAAUCCCUUUAGUAUUAUUCAAAUCGAAGUUCUUAGAAACUAUAGCAUUUUUCCUUGAUCAUGAUAAUCUAGUUUUUCAGAAAAUUAAUGUAUAUGCUGUGUAUUUAAACUGGGGUGUCAGAAUAGUUUAAUUCUAAUUGAUCUCAAUCUUCAUUUCACAGAAUGGUGUCUUGUAAUUUUUAAAUUUAAUUUCAUACAGUUUACUUGAUCAGUUAUUUCAAGGCAUUGCCAGACUCUUUUGUCCUCUACAAAAUGGAUUCUAGUGUGUAUUCAAUGUGCUCAAAGUUGCUGUUAACCACAUAGUCUCCCCCUAUGCAAGCAUCUGUACAGUGCUUAGCAUUCAUUAAGGAUUUCCUAAGUUAGCAGUAGUCAAAUUUCGACUCGUUAAAAAUGUCUUAAAUGUUGUCCUCCACACAGUUAAAUGCCAUCCCUGCCACAUUGCAGUGGCUCUUGCCUGGGUCACUUUGGUCAACAAGGAGCUUGCAGACAGCAUGGGGAGUAAAAACAUAAAUAAAAUGACCAGUGUCCAAAGGGAGCCUUGCUGCUGGAGACUCCCUUCUGGCUUCCAUCCCUUGGAUGGAAGGUGGCAGGUGUUAUGUCACCUCCUGACUAGAGCAAGGACCAGGUUGAGCCUGCCCUGCCCAGAAGCUCUCUUACCCUUUUUACACUGGUUCUAACUUCCUCAGACCUCAUCUUGAAAUUUAAGAUAUCAGAUUCCUUUUGUUUUCAGUUCUUUGGAUCUGGUAAAUAUCGCACUAAAAAUAUUUGUAUGAUUAAUUAAAUUUUUUAA